UUACAGAGAAGGGGAAACUCGCUUAUUGGGGGGAAUGAUUGCGACCUCGGCUCUCGGCCCUUCCAAGUGGCUCUCGUGAUGGACGACCGCAUCUACUGUGGCGGGAGCCUGGUAGACAGGAAGUGGGUGAUGACUGCCGCGCACUGCAGCAAAGACAUCAGGUCAGUGCAGGUGCUUCUGGGGGAUUAUGACCUGCAGACGUACGAAGGCACAGAACAGAUUCGAGGAGUUAAAAAUGUCAUCGUGCACCCGGGGUAUAAUAGCGGCCUUAAGGACAACGACUUCAUGCUCCUGGAGUUGGAUGAACCGGCUGAACUCAACAACAACGUGAAAACAAUCGGCCUGGCGACCCAGUGUCCUGCGCCUGGAACAAAGUGCACUGUGUCAGGAUGGGGCACCGUCACGACCCCGCAACUGAAGUUCACCCCCAUCUUACAGUGCGCAGAUAUCUACAGCGUCAGCCAGGACAGCUGCAAGGAGAGUUACAAAGACUUGAUCACAGAGAACAUGCUCUGCGCUGGUGUGGAACAGGGCGGGAGAAGCUCAUGCCGGGGUGAUUCUGGAGGCCCACUGGUCUGCAAUGGUAUGCUGCAGGGCGUGGUCUCCUGGGGAACAGCCGUCUGUGCCCAGCGGGGAUAUCCUGGGGUCUACGCCAAUGUCUGCAAAGCCGUCCAGUGGGUGAGGGACACCAUAAGGGACAGGUCCACCGAAUAGGACUGAGGAUUCACAGCACAUCACGCCUGCCACAGUAACCCACCAGGCCCCUCCCCACGCCCCCGCCAUGCCUCUCCUCAUCUCACCACAGCACCUGGGGGAUAUCGAGUGGAGUGUGGAGAGAUUGCUCGGGCAGCACUGCGCUGGGGGUAUUGCAGAGUGGCCAAUCCAAAGCAGCCAGCAGUUACAACACAGACCUGACACAAUCCAGCAACUGGAUGAAAAAUGUGCAAGUGGCAUAAAAAACCCGAAUCAGCCUGGAGAUUGUGAGAUUGGUUUAGAAAACAAGAGAUCAGCUUGAAAUUCUCUCAACUGGUUUCCCAAAACCAUAAAAGCCCUGAAUCAGCCUGGAGUGAACAGGAGCAGUUCAGAAAUCCAAAGGCCGACUUUAAAAAUCAAGAGAUUUGCUUUAGAAUCUCGGGAUUGGCUGGACAACCACAAAACAGUUGUACUCACCACAACUGUGAGGUGGGUUUCCAGGUGAAAAGAGUGGAUUAAACGUUUGGUCCUGGUGUACACUAGGACCUUAUUUUGAAAUAACUGCCCCCAUGUUCGAAUUCCUAAGUGGUUCGCCCACACUAAGAGCCCUGUUAUUUUGAAAUAACUGGCUGCGGAAUUCAAACUCAGUACUCCUGGUUUCAUCAGGAGUAACAGUAACUUGGAAAUAGUAAUUUCGAAAUAACGGUAAUGUGGAUGCGCUGGUGCCACUGAUUCAAACGUAUUGGCCUCCAGGAAUACUCCCGCACCUCCCCAGAGGGUUUCUGGGGCGUUAAGUCUGAGGCAGCCCAUCUCCAUUAAGGCAGCCUGCCUCGGACUCAUUUCGAUGCUUCCCCGUGGUGAGGAGACGCGAGUUGGAAUUUGUUAAAUCAGGAGCUCCUUACAUCGAGUUUCAAAAUAGUUUCCGGCCUCAGAGACGGGUUUUAAAAUGCCACGAGUAGCACACAGAUCUCUUGCAUUGGUGCGGGUGGGGGAAGUGGCUAUACCAGCUCUGAAGUCCUAAAGUCUGAAAUCUCACGGAAGCUUUAUUGUGCGACUGAAACAGAGCUACAGUGACCGAGCUGCGGAGCCGAUAGUAUAAAUAAGGAGCUGGGAUUGGUCCUGCCUAGGGCAGGGGGCUGGACUUGAUGGCCUUCUGAGGUCUCUUCUAGCUCUAUGAAUCUCUAAGUUCGUGUUCAGCUGAUAUUCCACCACAGCCCCCAAAUUGUUCUGGGAGUCGCUGCUUGUCCGGAUAGAGUGCCCCGCCCUCUGAGUCCGGCCGACUUUCUUUGUUCCUAGACGGAUGAAUUUAUCUAAAGCCAUUCACAUCCCCCUGUGUCUCAGUGUCAAACCUGAUCAGGAGAGACUCCAUCACCCAAACUUCAUAUGAUUUUCUGAGAAGUCUCACUUCAUAAAGCCUCACUCACCCUCCUGGAGGCGCGAAUCUCAUGACACUCUGAGCUUUUGUGGCAUUGGUCCUGCCUAGAGCAGGGGGCUGGACUUGAUGGCCUUCUGAGGUCUCUUCCAGCUCUAUGGUUCUAUGAUUCUAUAAAAACAAUCACACUCUAGACCUGCGGUUCGGAGAAAGAAAACUGAAAUUGAUCCACAGAGCAUCAAAGCCAGCGAAUAAACAAUCCCAACAAGCUUUCUUUUGUUUUUUUUAACCUUAUGAUAUUGAAAGCCAGUCUCACAAUUUUCAGGGGGCUCCAACUUGCCUUCCUUGAAAUUGUGCAUCAGAGAGUCUGUCUACGCUGCAGAGUUUUUCUGGAAAAAAAACACUUGACGUCCAGAUUGCGAGUGAAUUCUUUUGACAGAAAGUUGAAAGAACGGAGGGUUUUUUCCAACGGUGGUUAACCUCAGUCUAUGAGCUUUUUCGGGAAAAGGCGCGUGUGGAUGCGGAAGAGAGCAUUUUUUUAGAAAGAAUAGGCCACCAGGAAAAAGCACCGGUGCCCUGGUCGCCCCUCUGUCCACAGUCAUCACAACUGAAAUACGAGAGCAUCCUAUCCCAUUCAUGCUUAAAUUUGACACUUUACGAAUGGGCCUUAACAAAGAUGCU